AAACUGAUAAAAAAAAUCAAAGCAACAAGCGUUUAGUGUAGGUACGUUUACGUGGGGCAUUAUUUUGUGACUUAUUUUAAUCACUCGUUGAUAAGUUUGAAAAUAUGGAGUUCAUAUUUAGAUCCAUUAUAAUGUUACUCUGUUUAAGUAGAUAUUGUCAUUCAUCUUAUUUUGAAAGUGACUCUUGUUAUUCAUUUGGAAGUGGUAAUGUAUUUCCUGGUGGUGCUCGAAAAGUUGAUCAUAAGUUACAAUUUACAAAAGCUGUAAUAUCAAAACCGGCACCAGAAUGGGAGGCUACCGCUGUUAUCAAUGGAGAAUUUACUCAACUAUCUUUGUCCAGUUUUAAGGGGAAAUAUUUGGUUUUCUUCUUCUAUCCUUUAGAUUUCACAUUUGUAUGCCCUACGGAAAUAUUAGCAUUUUCGGAAAGAAUAGAAGAGUUUAAGAAAAUAAAUACAGAGGUAGUGGCUUGCUCAGUAGACUCACAUUUCACUCAUUUGGCAUGGAUCAACACUCCUCGCAAGGAAGGUGGACUGGGAAAAAUUAACAUUCCUCUCUUAAGUGAUUUAUCACAUUCAAUAGCAAAGGAUUAUGGUGUAUACUUAGAAGACCUAGGACAUACAUUAAGAGGACUAUUUAUUAUUGAUGAUAAAGGUAUCUUGAGACAAAUCACUAUGAAUGAUUUACCGGUGGGCAGAUCUGUGGAUGAAACUCUUAGACUGGUACAAGCUUUUCAAUAUACUGACAAACAUGGUGAAGUGUGUCCUGCAGGAUGGAAACCUGGACAAGAUACUAUCAUACCGAAUCCUGCGGAAAAGAAGAAAUAUUUUGAAAAAGUGUCCAAAAAUUAACAUUUUAAACACUUUCUUUUAGAAGUGGUGAAAUGAAAAAUAAUUUUUGAACAAUUGAAAUACAUUAACUUGAUCUACCUACUACAAUUAGCUACUUUAUUAUGAAAUAAGGUCAAUUUCUUUUUUCAAUUCUAGUCUUAUUAUUCUCUUGGAAUAUGUUUUCUACAUCACUCAAAUAACCAAUAUUAAUUGGAUAAUGCUGACCGUUUAUAAUUAUAAAAUGCCAGUAUUAUUUAAUUUUAUACUUUUCUAAAAUGGCAUGUUAAAAUAAAUUUCUACCUAUUAGAUCAUGAUGGUUAACACUGAUGGUUAAAUUAUAUAAGACUAAUAAAUACCAUAGUAUAUGAUGUACCUAUUUAAAGUUUUAUAACAAUCUAAUAAAUAUUUUUUUAAAUUCAUAAUAA